AUGUCUCUGUACCCUUCUCUCUGUACCCCCAGGAGCCAGGACCCCCCGCCUGCCCUGUCCUGCUCGGGGGGAGAAGAAGGGCUGCAGACUCGGGAGGUGCUCUGUGUGCAGAAGGCGGACACCUCAGUCACCGACGACUCCAUCUGCGAGUACUUUGAGCCCAAACCGCGACUGGAGCAGGCCUGCCUCAUCCCCUGCCCCCAGGCCUGCGUGGUAUCUGACUACUCCCCCUGGACCUCCUGCUCCAAGACCUGCGGCACGGGCCUCCGCAACCGCGUCCGGAGCGUGCUUGUGCCCCCGGUAUUUGGAGGAGCGCAGUGCCCCAACCUCACCGAGUUCCAGUCGUGCAAACCGGGAACUUGCACGGGACCGGACAAUGUCUAUAGCCUCCGGGUUGGGCCCUGGACUCCCUGUGCUGCCCCACCACUGACCAGGGAGAAGCGGCAGGCCAAGAGGAGGCGGGGCAAAGGGGAGGGGCCCCGGGUUAGAGGGGGGGGCCCCAAAGAUCCAGAAACUAAAGAGCUGAUUCAGAAGAAGAGGACGCGGAACCGGCUGAACAGGCAGGAGAGCCCUCUGUGGGACGUCCAGGUGGGAUUCCAGCGCCGUCCGGUUGUCUGUGUGCAUCGCAACGGGAGCACAGUGGCGAAGCACUUGUGCACCCAGCGGGACCUGCCCCUCACUCUCCAGUCGUGUGUCUUGCCUCGGGACUGCGGGCUGAGCGACUGGAGCCCAUGGUCGCCCUGCUCCCCCUCCUGCUCCGACCCGGACUCUGCAGGUGGGACACGGGCGCGCAGCCGGCAGGUCACCCAGCUGUCUGCGGGAGAGGGAGCCCAGUGCAAGCCCAUGGAGGAGACCGAGGCGUGUGACCCUGUGGGAGACGUGUCCCCAUGCCCUGUAUCUCCUCCCUCGACCCCUCUCGUCUCUAUCCCUCUCCACCAUACUCUCAUCACUUCCCUCUCCACCUCUCGUGCCCACCCUCAUCUUUCCUCCCUCACCUACAUCUCGUUACACAGGCCCUCCUCAAGAUCGCCCCCUACCUCCUCUCAAAACUCGCCAUCGAACCUCAUCAUAGACUCCUCUAAUCUGCCUCAAUCCCCCACCUCAAUCUCGUCUCUCUCGUCUCUCACUCUCUCAUACCUCUCUCUCGACUCUUCACCCGUUAUCUCCUACUCUCACUCCGUCCCAAAUCCAGGACACCUCCUCCAACAUCGACUCCUCGCACCCAUCAAGCUCUGUCUGAUCCUCUCAAGCCUCACUCUCAGCUCAUACCCUCUCAGUCCUGUCAAUCCUCCUCUCACUCUCCCUUCCUCGUCUUCUCGUUACCUAAUCCCAUCUCGCCCUCUCUCCGAACUCUCCUCUCCCACUCUCUUCUACCCAUCAUCUGAACUCAUCUCAGUCAAGUCCGUCCCUCCUCGUCUUCUCUCCGUCCCUCUCUCUCAUUCACAUUUCCUCUCCCCUCGUCUCUCUUCCUCACUCCCUCCUCUCGCCCCCCCCCCCUCUCCUCAUCUCCUCUCUUCGCCGCCGAUCUCAAAUCUCCUGCCUUCCCUCUUCUCGUCAUCUCCCCCGUCUGAGUCGGAUCCCCACUACCAGCAUCAACUCUUGUACAGCUCGUCCAACCCCCCUCACUCUCUGUAUCGUCUCGUCUUCUCCUCCUCCAUCUCUCGUCCACCCCCCCCCCUCUCUCUGUUCUCGGUGUCCCUUCCCAGAUCCUCUCUCUUCCCCUCCAAUCUCAUGCUCUCUGCUCAACUCGUCCCCCCUCUCAUCCUCCUCCCCCUCUCGUCCUCCAACCUUUUUCCUCUUUACUCUCUUUUCUCCUCUCCCCUCACCUACAACAACACCUCUCUCCUGGCUCCUCCUCAUUCUGUCCAGCAUAGCCCACCACCUCUCACAAGAAACGUCAGUUCCUCCUCAUCAAGAAUCGCUCUAUUCCCUCUUCUCAUCGCUCUCGCGUUCUCCUCCGCCAUACCAUUCACCAUCUCCCUCUUCUUCCCGUCUCUCUCUCUCGUUCGACUCUCCAGUCAUCGAACCGACGGUCUGACUCCACGUCCCAAGAAAAAGAAAAUCUCGAGUCAUCUCUACUCUCCCAAGAUCCAUCGCCGUCCAAUGGAUAUCAUUACUCUCUCGAACGCGCUUCGCAACCAUCGUCUUCCCCAUGCGCAUCUCCUCCUCCUGGCCUACCCUCACUCUGCCAUCUCACUUCUUCAAGGUCCCGCCAUCUACCCGACUACUCCAUCUGACCGCCCUUCCUCAUCUCGAUACCUCAUCCCAUCCACGUCCAUAAAAAGGACUACCAACGAUAACACACCCACCCCUUACUUAACCAUAGCUCCCAGAAUCAUCGUCCCCCUCUGUCCCAUCUCAAUCAUCCCUCUCCACUCGCCGUUCCAGACCGAUCUUCUCGUCUCUCGCUCACCCUCUUUCUCACACCUCUCAUCGCUCUUCCACUCUCCUCCUCACAUAAUUCACCUCUUCUAUCCUCUCAUCCUCUUACCUGCUCUCUCCGCUCCUCUACUCUCUCUCGUCUUCUCCUCUCUCUCACAUCCGUGCCAGUCCUCAUCUCCACUUCUAUCCUCACAUGAUCUCGCUAAGUUCCGCAAGCUAUGCGACUGCGAUGCGACCCCUCCAAGCAUCAUGACUCUACUCCUGCGUCCUCAUCACUCUCGCCAUCAUCUCCACUCUCCUCUGUCGCUCCUCUCACGUCCUCCAUCUCACUCCAUUCACCUCACCUCCUCGUUCCUACACUCAAUCAUCUCACUCUCCUCGUAA